CUUUCCUUGGCUUUCCAUCGAUACAAACUUGCCGCCUAGGGAAAACUCAGGAUUCGUCGUGUCUCAAAUCAUGGCAACUUUAAUCGUACUUAUAACUGCAGCCAUAUUGGCUAGCGUAAAUGCCUAUGCGAUGAAAAAGAUGCCACCGCCAAUGGAAAUGAUGGGCGGAAUGGGCGGCAAAGGUGGCAUGAUGGAAAUGAUGCCAAUGAAGCCUGAGAUGCCGAUGGAAAUGAUGGGCGGAAUGGGCGGCAAAGGUGGCAUGAUGGAAAUGAUGGGCGGAAUGGGUGAUAAAGGUGGCAUGAUGGACAUGAAGCAAAUGAAGCCUGAGAUGCCGAUGGAAAUGAUGGGCGGAAUGGACGGCAAAGGUGGCAUGAUGGAAAUGAUGCCAAUGAAGCCUAUGAUGAUGGAGAUGAUGCCGAUGAAAAUGAUGGAGAUGAAUGGUAAAAUGGAUAUGAAAGGCAAAAUGAUGGAAAUGAUGAAAAUGAAAGAAAUGAUGGACAUGAUGAAAAUGAAAGAAAUGAUGGAGAUGAAAGGAAAGAUGGAAAUGAUGCCGAAAAUGGAUAUGAUGCCAAUGAAAAUGGAAAUGAUGCCUAUGAUGAUGGAAAUGAUGCCACAAAUGGACAAAAUGCCUAAAAUGAUGGAAAUGAUGAAGCCUGAUAUGCCAAUGCCAAUGCCCAUGCCAAUGAAAAUGAUGGACAUGAUGAAGUCAGAUAUGCCAAUGCCCAUGCCAAUGCCAAUGAAAAUGAUGGACAUGAUGAAGCCUGAUAUGCCAAUGCCCAUGCCCAUGCCAAUGAUGAAAAUGAUGGAAAUGAUGAAGCCAGAUAUGCCAAUGCCCAUGCCAAUGCCAAUGAAAAUGAUGGACAUGAUGAAGCCUGAUAUGCCAAUGCCAAUGAAAAUGAUGGACAUGAUGAAGCCUGAUAUGCCAAUGCCAAUGCAGAUGAAAAUGAUGGACAUGAUGAAACCUGAUAUGCCAAUGCCAAUGACCAUGCCAAUGAAAAUGAUGGACAUGAUGAAGCCUGAUAUGCCAAUGCCAAUGAAAAUGAUGGACAUGAUGAAGCCUGAUAUGCCAAUGCCAAUGAAAAUGAUGGACAUGAUGAAGCCGGAUAUGCCAAUGCCCAUGCCAAUGCCCAUGCCAAUGCCCAUGCCAAUGCCAAUGAAAAUGAUGGACAUGAUGAAGCCUGAUAUGCCAAUGCCAAUGAAAAUGAUGGACAUGAUGAAGCCAGAUAUGCCAAUGCCCAUGCCCAUGCCAAUGAAAAUGAUGGACAUGAUGAAGCCUGAUAUGCCAAUGCCAAUGAAAAUGAUGGACAUGAUGAAGCCUGAUAUGCCAAUGCCAAUGAAAAUGAUGGACAUGAUGAAGCCUGAUAUGCCAAUGUCAAUGCCAAUGCCAAUGCCAAUGCCCAUGCCAAUGCCAAUGCCAAUGCCCAUGCCAAUGAAAAUGAUGGACAUGAUGAAGCCUGAUAUGCCUAUGUCCAUGCCAAUGAAAAUGAUGGACAUGAUGAAGCCUGAUAUGCCAAUGCCCAUGCCAAUGAAAAUGAUGGACAUGAUGAAGCCUGAUAUGCCUAUGUCCAUGCCAAUGAAAAUGAUGGACAUGAUGAAGCCUGGUAUGCCAAUGCCAAUGCCAAUGCCAAUGAUGAAAGGAGGAUAUUAA